AUGAGCUCGCCCCAUUUCGGUGUCCCGCCAGUUGCAGUCCGUGAGGAGUCGGCCGGCAUGGAACCUGAGGAGGAGGGUUUCGUGGAGGCGGUAGAGGCGGCCGAGGCGGUGGCGGACGCGGCGGCGGUGGUGGACGCGGAAGAGGAGGUGGUGCGGGGGGAUUCAAGAGUUCCCGAGGAGGAGGCCGGGGUGGGGGUCGCGGAGGGAGUCGUGGAGGUGGUCGUGGAGGGAGUGGAGGAGCAUCUAAGGUGGUGGUUGUACCGCAUCGGUUUGAAGGAGUUUUUAUGUCCAAAGGGAAGGCAGAUUCGUUAG